CAUGCUCAGAAGUCCGCAUCACAAGCAAGUAAAUACAGAGAAAAACAGAGCAGCCGAAGACACACAAUGAGCUUUCUCGCCCAUCAGGACCACCCUCAAGAGCCACCGGAAGGAGAACAAGCCCCGGUUCGAGAACGAUCCGAAGAAGAAGAAGAAGAUGAACACGACGAGGCAUGCCCCGAGCGCCUGUUGCCCCAAUUCCGCGUCCUCUGCUGCGGCAGCCCCAACCCCACGAAGCGGAGGAAGCUCCCCUUCUCUUCUCCUUCGCCGCUGGCUUCAAACCCCAAGAAGAGGCCCUCCUGCACCCUCCUCGACCGGGAGGACAUCGACUACACGCUCCGCGGCUUUAGUAGUAUCACCCUCCCCUCACUUCCCUCUAAUCUCCAACGCACUAGCUCCGAUCCAGUCCCGCUUGGCGCUUACAAGAGCGUGAAUGGGUUUCUUGCGGCUCCGAGCAGCAGCGAUCACGAAGGUGUGGGGUUUGACGGGGCAGUCUAUACGUCGCCAAAGAAGCCUGUGUUUGGAGUCAAUCCGGCAAUGGCCACGACUCCUUUGCUGGGGAGGGCAAGCUCGUCACCCUCCUCGCUUCCCCCCAGGCCUCCGCUACAGAGAACUGUGUCGGACCCAACCCCACACCAUUUCCCGGGGCCGAUCAACUCGUUCUCCAGCGGCUCGAGCUCCAGCGGGGGUCGUGGCAGCGCGGAGGAUAGUCCUAAUUCCAUGAGGCUGAAGAGGAUGAAGCAUUGCCUUAAUGAAAUGGGCAAGUGGUGGGAUCACGUGAUGUGCGAAGCCGAAGAGGACGGGCCUUAUACACAGGACAACACCCUGAGCACAGAGCAGGUGGAGCGCAAAGCCAAGCAGGAGAAUCAAGAAACGGUGAGCGUCGAGGUGGCCGGCGAUUGCUUGUGCAUCAAUCUCGGUUGCACCUGCGGAAAGGGAUUCCAGAUUCUGAUCUCUGGAAACAAGUGCUACUACAAGCUUGUGUGAGAACCCCAUUUUGGUUGGAUUGGUCCCCGAGAAAAAGAAGGCUUUCUUCACCAAGUCCAUGGAUGAACAUCUUACCUGAGAAUCAAAGUUCUUGUUCUCUGUUUUCUUUCUUCUUCUUUACUCGGUCUUGGCACUCUUUGAUUACUCUCUGUCACUGUCAAGGAUCAGAAAUUGCAGUUCGUCGUCACUUUUUGCAAUCCCAGAUGGGGAUUGCCUUGUUCCUCUGUUGCUAGUGUGAUAAUGAAACACAGACACUAUUUGCAUU